GGGAAGCCUUUAUGGAGGUGAUCUCCUAGUGCCUGCAGAAAGACUUUGCUUAUCCGGGGAGAGAUAAAGAAUGAAGGCAGACAGUGGGAGCAUAUACCCCCCUCCAUAUUCCUACAACAUGGAUUAUCAAUGGGCACCUCCGAUUCAGCCUGGUUACAACAUAAACCCAGCUCUGUACCCAAAUGGGCAGCCCAUGGUAAGCUAUGCCACUCAGCCAGAUGGGACACCUAUAGUGACAACCCAACCCAAUGUGAUGGUCAUCCCUCAACCGGCCCACAAUGACUACCUGUGCCUGUCCAUUGUGAGCCUCAUCCUGUGCUUUCUGCCUCUCGGAGUUGCCGCAGUUAUCUACUCUUGCAAGGUAAAAUGGGUUCCAGUCUAAAUAGAUCAAUAUCCCCAAUCAAUAUCUCCAUACAGACAAAUUACAGAGAUUAAUCCAACGCCUGAAAUCUCAAUCAUUUUUAAACUUACCUUAUUAACGGUUAAUAAGUAGAAUAACCAAGUCCCCAGUAUCCACGUAGACCGGAGGGAGUGGGGGCUCUCAACAUCUCUCUCUUACAAAGCAACUCAGAACUUACAUCCCUUAAUGCAUCCUAACUUCCGACUUUAAAUAAAUAAAGCUGAAAAAAAUAUGGCGAUUUACUAAAAGUUAUUAUUUUACCCCAAAAUUGCAAUCCCUUAAUUAAUACAUUUCUUCUAAGGUUAUCCUGAAACAUAUCAAAGGGUUGAUGCACUAAGCAGUGAGCUGUAGUGAUUAAAAGCUCGCAGGUUAGGUUACAAUAGUCAGGACGAGAUUACGGUUGAGUUGGAGCAUUUUGCAAGAUUUGAUUCAGAUUUCGAUUUAUCACAAUAUGGAGUUUAGUAAAUUAACCAUGUAAUAAUUUAGCCAGACAAUAGCCAUGUUUCCUUUUUCUUUCUUAGUCACGAGACUCGCUGAGACACGGAGACAUGUUUUCAGCGGCGAUCGAUUCACGCAUGGCGUUUAAACUGAAUAUGGCGGCUCUGGGAAUAGGAAUCGCCGGACACAUCACUUGGAUUAUCUGUGUGAUUUAUUUCAAUUUAACAUACAGCCAUGCGACUAACUACCAUUUGAGCUUCAGUCUUUAAAAUAAUUCAUCCAAACCACAGCACCACUUACUGGAUCCUUUUCUGUACGAACUCUCUACAAAGCAUGAAGCCGGCACUGAUUAAAUAAGAAUGCCAGAGUUAUUGACUAAUGUGAGAAUUCAAAGAGAAUUUCAAAAUCAAGGUAGAAAUAGCCAAACUGCAAACAUUCUCCAAGUCUGCUAUGCUGCCAGAUCAGCUACUUUGGUCUUAAAAGUGCUAUUCCCUUUAAAUUCUCUUUAAAUCCUCGCUUAAGUGAAUAAACCUGUAUGUUUCUAAACUACUAAUGUUCUGUUCAAAUUGUGAUAAUCCUUGUGUCUGUGUCUCCUCUGCGUCACUUUAAUAAGAGUUUGAGAAGAUGUUCCUUCGUAUGGGCAAGAUUAUCCUCGUAACGUGACUAUUUGAGUGCACUCACUACUGUGGUACAGUGAGCUGACGAUGGCGAUCCAGGAGGUGGCAGUGUCCUUUAAUGGGAUUUUUCUAUUUUAAUAUUAAGUCUAGCAUGUAUAUAGCGCCAUCAUAUGCCACAUCGCUGUACAAUCAUAGAAAGGGGAAGGGGUGAAGAAGGCUCUGUUCCAGUGAGCUUACACUCUAUAAACUACAUAGUCUGCAUCUUUAAUAUUGCUAGCUGCGUUUAUGUUUAUGUUUGAAUGUAUACAGAGAGUUUGCUUUUAAACACAUCAGUGGUUUGGCUACAUUAUUUCCUCUUGUAGAAAUACAAUUUAAUUGUUUUGAUAAUACUAUCUCCCACAAUAUGGGGAAUACAGGAAUGAGCCUGUAACAAGAUAGAACAUAACGUAGUGGAAUUGGAAUACAGUAAAUGUAGAACUUAACAUAGUGGAAUACAGUAAAUUGAUUUAAUAGAACUUGCUUUUUAUUCUUCCCUUUCUCUCAUUUUCCCCUCAUUCUCCUUCAUAUUAACCUUUAAAAGAAAAGAGAGAAAAUAAUUAGAAAAUAAAUGUUUUAUUACCAUGAGAGAUAUAUUAUAUCUACUUUAGAUAUAGGGUAUAUUAUAUUCAGAGUUAUCACCUUCAUGAUUUGUGGAGCUAUAGAUAAAUGUGCACAUAUUGAAGUCACGACAAGAGGAGAUUUACUGAUAUGAUUCUCCAUUUAGCACUUUAUAAGGAGACGCCAGAACCCUGACAUCCACAGUAUGCAUCUGGAGUAAAUAUUCUUAUCCGGUUUAUAAUUGCACUUUUCAUUUAAAGGGACACUCCAGGCACACAGACCACUUCUGCCCAUUGGAGUGGUCUGGGUGCCAACUCCCACUACCCUUAACCCUGCAACUGUAAAUGUUGCAGUUUUCAUAAGCCACUAGAGGGCACUUCCUGGUUCAUAGCACAGAUUUUCUGUGCUAUAGCGUCGCUGGACGUCCUCACACUAUGUGACGAACUCCGGCGACGCUAAAAUCCCCAUAGGGAAGCAUUGAAACCAUUUUUCAUUUCUUUCCUAUGGGGAGAUCUAAUGUGCAUGCGCAUUAGGUCUCACCCCGCCAGCGCCGCGCAUGCACAAAUGGUCUCCCCCGCCGGAUGAGGUGGGCGGGGGAGGAGCGUGGGCGGAGCCUGGACCAGCGCCCAGGGACAUUGGCGCUGGACUCUGGUAAGUCACUGAAGGGGUAUAAACCCCUUCAGCUACUUGGGAUGCGGGGUGGGAGGGAGUGGCACUGGAGAGUCCCUUUAAUGUGACAUGAGACAUACUUCCAUACUUCUUCUAGCAUAUGAUCUAACAUAUAAAUAUAUCCCCCUAGAGAUCAAUUGCUCGUUUCUGUUUUUUUCUUGUUUUUUUCCCCCCAUUUUUGUUGUUAAACAUAUGGUUAAGUCCUUUUUGCAAUGGAACACAUAUGGAACCCAAGCACAGACAUCGUGACAUGGAACACAGACGUCCUGGAAUCUUAGCGAACCUGGAAGGAAACACCCAAUGAUCUCCGACUCUCCAUUAUAGGAUUCAUUUGGGAUGAGAUGGGAGGGAACUCAUGCACCCCCAGGAGGACCAAUGCGGAUGAAGAGAGGUGAAUUUAAAGCGGGACUUGGCAGGGAGGGUUAUGGCUGUUUGUUUUUAUGCUGAUUUUAAGUAUUGGUAACUAAAAAAGUCCCGAAUCGGGAAGAAACACGUUGGAUCAUUGUUUUGCUUUAUUUAUUUAUUUAAUUAAUAAAGACACUUUUCUGCUGUCGAUUCCACUAAAGUUCCUGUCUUUCCUCCUGUCAUACUGCUACGCACUACCAGGGAGAAUUUCAAAGAGUUUUCAGCCCCCCAACUUUAGGAGAGGCACCCUGGAUGUUUUCAAACAUCUUUAUCUUGUGAGUUCAAUUAAAUCACGGGUAAAAGGUUUAAUUUACUACAUUACACUGCGUUAUGUUCCAUAUUGUUCUAGACUCAGCUGACUCCCCCUAGUUCUGGUAGAUUGUAUUGUCGUAUAGAAAGACGAUUUACUGGGAAAACUCCUUGGGGAAGCUGUCCUAUACUCCCACACCAGCUAGGUAUUGUAGAUUUUGGUGGCGGUGGUAAUUGGAUUUAAAUCCUUUUGUGUGCACAUAUGGCUAACUUUGACACUGCAAAUGUCUUUGGACGUCAUUUCCCUUGAUUCACAGCAGGUUCGAGUGUAAAACUGAAAAAUGUUUCUCCGUGAAUUGGCACUUUCAGUCAUAAGAACAGCAGCAGCCAGGAUGUACGGCUAUCGCAAACUUAAAAAAAAUGACGUAGUAUUUUCCUCUCCCUCUGAAACAGAGUAACCAAGGCAACGAGCUAAUGUAACGUAUUGUACUUUGUAACAUAAUAUAUAAUAGUGUAAAAGAUCCUCUGAUACUGAAGGUGUCCAUAAUAGACUGCAUUAAUUAAUGACACCUUUUUAAACACCUCGGGCAAGCCGUACAAUAGGGACGCUCCGCUGACUAUGUGCGAGCCGUGGUCAUACUGAAUAAUAAAUAUUGCACAUGACACCAUAGCUUCACAUUAUACAGGGAAGGAAUCCAUGACGUGAAAUAUUACAGGAGAGGAAAAUGAUGUGACAAUAUUCUGCAAAGACACUCUUCGUUGGUCUUUGAAGAUGAUGGAGACUCCUCCACCUAAUAACGGCAACAAGUGGGGCAUGUAUCCGUCUCCGGGAUCAUACAACACAGAAUAUCAUGGAGCAGCACCUGCUCAGCCUGGGUAUAACAAUAACCCACCAUCAUACCAGUACGGACAGCCCAUACCAAGCUUUAACCUUCAACCAAACCGGGCGCCUAUAGUCACAACACAACCCAAUGUGAUGGUCGUUCCUCAGCCAGCCUACAAGGAUUACCUGGGCCUGUCCAUUAUGAACCUGCUCCUGUGCUGUUUCCCCCUCGGAAUCAUUGCACUUAUUUACUCCUGCAAGGUAAAGGGGUUUGUGGUGUGUUUUAGUUCUUCAUGAUAGGGUUCAUUCUGACAUGGUCAACAUACUAUGGUCACAUACCCCCCAUUAUUUUAAAUGGACAAAGAGGGACAUUAUUAAUUUCUAAUAAGUGGGGGUGCGAACACAAGCGGGACUGUUUUGAGACACUUUUGGUGACUUACUAAUAACAAUUUAUAAAACUAAAAUGUAAUUUAGAAGAACAAUGCAUCUUAUUUACACAGACUGAUUUAAAAAAAAAAAUAUGUAUAUUCUUUAUUUUUGCUGUGCUCAGAAUAUACAGACCAUCUUGCAGUGCCACAACAGCAGAUGCAAGCAUAACAACAUACGUAGUAGGACAAUUGCAUGGCAAACAAUAAUCCAGCACAUUUUUUGGUAAUAAAUCAGGUAGUAAACCGGCCCAGAUGCAAGAGAUAAAUUCAAGUAAAUAAACAAUGCUAUGAUGACUUGCUAACUGAGAAUGGGUUAAGUAGAAAAAAAAAAUGUAUUGCAAGCUUAAAUCUGUACCAGCUCAGUUUGUGCAAGACUACUAAGAGAGAACUACCAUGAAGAGCUGGCAUGCCUGACCAAUAGAGAGUGUGUCACCCACGAGACCCCCAGCGCUGAUGCAUGGAGUACGAACUGCCAACAUCAGAGACAUCUAAGUGUAGACUAGAGAGUCCCCAGGAACGGAGGAAAACAAUAAAAGAUAAGACAAAUCACAAAUAAAUGAAAUUAAUACAUGUGGUGUAGGCAUGUGUAGUAUUGACAAAGUGGCACAAUAGCCGCAAGAGGCACAGUUCAACCAACACCUUCCAGGGGUAAAGCACAGUCCCGAUCAGGUCUGACAUCCUGCAUGUAUUGGCAGGCGCGGCGUCCAGAUAUUGCAGCAAGGAAAGCCCAUUGAUGGCUGCGUUGGCUCCCACUGUGUGCCAUCCCUCCAGUCUAAGCUAGGGUAAGGUCUGCAUGGCUUUCAGCCUCUGAGGGGGCCAUGUGCUGCUGUCUUCGAGACAGACUGCUUCAGCCACUUCUGUCUGGCACAGGCCUUCCACAGAGCUGGAGCUGGCAUCUUCCGCUUAAUCUUGGGUGGUAGACUUUGGGGUGGACGAUCUCUCCCCUCCUGUUGCACAGGCUGUUGCAUUCGGUGGUUCAGCUUUUCCCAGAAAUCCGCAAAGAUUUUGUUGAGUGUGCUAGUGAGGUUAGCUUGUGUCAUGAUGUGGUUAGCUCGACAUGGAGCAUCCACCAUUUUGGGUAAGGCUUCCCUUCUGUGUAGCAGUACUCUGGGUUGCAGUAGGCUCUCCAGGGCGAGGACCGGGAUCACCCCCAUCGGUCCAAAGGGGGGGAAACAAGGCUAGCACCACGCAGUGGCUAAGAACUGUUGAGCUAAGAACUGUCGGCUAAGAACCGUUGAGCUAGAUAGCAGGGGGGCGACCGUCCACCCCACUCACAGCUUGAGUAGGCCUUAGCUACAAAGUCGGCAAAUCACCCUCCAAAGGGCUAAAACUCUUGUUGAAAGACUGGCUUCAGCUCCGAUACCUCUGUGCCCAGUGACCUAUAAUGUUUAGGCGUUGGGUUGUAAGGUUAACAGCUUAUUUUGAGCCCAUUAUGCAAGAAUCUGCAGGAGCUGAUCUUUCAUGCUACCUUUCAACGUGGAGGCCCAGCGACGCCCCCUACACAGACUGAUUUUUAAACACAUUUAUUGUAGUUUAACCCCUUAAGGACCAAACUUCUGGAAUAAAAGGGAAUCAUGACAUGUCACACGUGUCAUGUGUCCUUAAGGGGUUAAAAACACAUUGCUGUGAGUAUUCUAGCUGUGGAGCUCUGUUAUACACUCAAGAUAAAAAGUAACCACUCAGAUAAUUCCUUCUUAAAUGCUGAGAUUAAUCCGCUGUUAGUCCAGUCUACCUCGGAAACGAAAGGUGCGAAAUUCUAUAGCAUACUCUGAGAUAGACCGGUUUCCUUGUCUAAUAUGCAUUAGGGCAGUGGAGGCGUCAUCCUCCCUGCCUAAUGGUUCAAACGUAAGUUUAAAUUCCACAAGGAAUUCUUGGUAAUUGUGUGCAAUGCUCCUACUACUCUCCCAUAACGGAUUGGCCCAAGCUAAAGCUUUACCUUUAAAGGAACACUAUAGUCACCUAAAUUACUUUAGCUAAAUAAAGCAGUUUUAGUGUAUAGAUCAUUCCCCUGCAAUUACACUGCUCAAUUCACUGUCAUUUAGGAGUUAAAUCACUUUGUUUCUGUUUAUGCAGCCCUAGCCACACCUCCCCUGGCUAUGAUUGACAGAGCCUGCAUGAAAAAAACAAAACUGGUUUCACUUUCAAACAGAUGUAAUUUACCUUAAAUAAUUGUAUCUCAAUCUCUAAAUUGAACUUUAAUCACAUACAGGAGGCUCUUGCAGGGUCUAGCGAGCUAUUAACAUAGCAGGGGAUAAGAAAAUCUUAAUUAAACAGAACUUGCAAUAAAGAAAGCCUAAAUAGGGCUCUCUUUACAGGAAGUGUUUAUGGAAGGCUGUGCAAGUCACAUGCAGGGAGGUGUGACUAGGGUUCAUAAACAAAGGGAUUUAACUCCUAAAUGGCAGAGGAUUGAGCAGUGAGGCUGCAGGGGCAUGUUCUAUACACCAAAACUGCUUCAUUAAGCUAAAGUUGUUCAGGUGACUAUAGUGUCCCUUUAAGUUGGUUCAUCAGGUAACCAAUUUUAGCUCUGUCAGUGGGAAAAGAUCCCGGUGAGGCCUCAAAAUGAUACUCAGCUUGGUUAAUAAAUCCCCGGCAUUCUUGAAUAUUACCAUCACAAUGCAGGGGAGGAGAUAGGGAGAUAGUAGGUGCCGUAUGUACUACAGGAGGUACAUUAGGCGGAGGUGACACAGUUGGAGAAGCCACAGGUAGCAGAUGCGCUGUUCUAGUAAGGAGCGUGCUGAAAGCCUGGGCAAACUGAUCCAUACGGUGAUCAUUCUCUUCUAGCUUUCUCUCGCAAGCAGCUAUGUGCUGACACAAUUCUACAGGAUCUAUGGCCAUGUCGUAAUGUCAGGAUUACUAGUUGAUCCAGCACGUAGAACUAUGUCAGAUGACUAAUAGGUAACGUAUUACCGGGUCUUAGAAUGGCCGGACUUAACGUACCAAAGAAUAGUCAGGAUACUUGCCGAGGUCAGGGGAUACAGAAAGAGACACAGCGAUAAGUGAAAGCCAGAAGUCAGGGAUACCAGAAUACAGGGAAGUCAAAAUCAAAGCCAAAGUCAAAAACCAGAAGAAACUUGAAUCAGGAACGUGCUCUCUGACAGCCAAUAGGGAAACCACAACAGGGCACUGAACAGGAUGAGAACUGGGCCUAAAUACCCCUCCUCUAGACCUGCCCCAAAUUCAGUUGGGGUAUCCCAGGGAACACAAGUCAUAGGGGGUACAUUGUCUCUUACCUGAGCCUCAGAGUGCGGUGCGAGCCUGUUGCCUUGUGGUUACCGGGUGCGCCACUUGGAGUGGGGCUUGAGGUACAAAAGCAGAAGUCAUUCUGCCCAUGUCGUUUCCCAAUACGACAUCUGCUGGCACUUUUUGCAUCAGGCCCACCUCUACUAGCCCUUCCCCCACACCCCAAUUCAACUUUUGCGGUUGGCAACCGGUACAUCGCUCCCCCUGCUACUCGGACUGCCACGGAUCCGCCUGUGUGUGCUGAGCCUGGAACCAAAUGAGGUGCUACUAGAGUCAGAGUGGCCCCCGAAUCUCGGAGCCCUUGUACUUCUUUCCCCUCCAAGGUUACCAUCUGGCGAUGAGGGUGCCUAUUGUCUGUGGCUUGUACAGACAUCACAUAAUGCAGUAUUCCCAGGGGCUCUUCGGUGAGAUUAAACAUUAGCUCCUGGGGUGCUGGCUCUGCCAGGUAGUGGUGCGCGGCUGCUCGUGGUGCUGGGUUUUGUCGUACUUGGCUCCGUGCUUGACGGCUCUGGUUCUGCGUACAUUCUCUCGCCAUAUGGCCCCAUUGCUUGCAGGUAUGGCACUGAAUGUUAGAUCGGCCAUUUUAUCGGGACAGUGGAGUUUGCCCCCCAGUUGCUGGAAAAAAUUGGAUUGUUGUGGGUGCGGUAAUAGUAGUUGUAGGAGGUUGGGUGGAAGGUCGAGGAUACCCUCUAUAUACGUUACCAUAAUGUCUCCUGGCAUCAUAGUGCUGGUCCGCCAGUCGUGCAGCUUCUGUUAGGGUGAGGGGUUUUCUGUCUCUCACCCAUUCUUCUGCCUCUGCUGUCAGACCAUUGUAAAACUGCUCCAACAAUAGCAGUUGACGUAACUCCUCCAUGGUGGUAGCUUGGCUAGCUUGUAUCCACCCCUGGGAGGCUUGAUCCAGCUUGUGUGCUGACUCUGCGUGGGAGUCUUUAUCCGGUUUGCGCAGUCCUCGAAACUUGCGCCGGUAUGCUUCCGGGGUAAUGGCAUAUCUCUCCAAUAUUGUUGGUUUUACCCUGGCGUAAUUUUUGCUUUCCUCUCUGGGCACGGCCCGAUAUGCUUUGGCUGCCCGACCAAUAAUUUGCCUGCCACUAAAGGUACUCACACUGCCUGCUCCAGAUCAUGCAGGUCACACAGUCUCUCAAAAUCCUGUAGAUACCCAUCAAUCUCAUCUUUGUCUUCACAAAACAUUUUAAAUGUAUGAUGCGGUAUCUUGGGUUUUACCUGGCUGGUGACUGAAGCAGCAGUAGAUUCUCCUCUGGAGGGUGAAUCCUGCGGUCUGUGUGCCAUCACAUACUCUGCACAUCCGCCAUCAGUACGUCAGCAUUUCCAGCGGUACUGGCUGGGGUAGGAAUUCUAGUCUGAUUCUCAUCUCUUUCUGGAACGGGGUCUCUUCCAUGCCUGGUGGGGGUGUAGCGCUGCGAGCUCUGUCUCCCUCCAUCAGUUCGGCAAUAAGUACAGCCUUCGACUUAUUGCUGGCUAUCUUACCCCUGGCUUCCAAUAGUUCCUUCAACGUCUGCCGUUUCAAUGCAAUAUAAUCUGUCUCCAUUCACCUCUGUGUUCGGUUGUUUGUUUCAUACGAAUUGCCAUUCACUUUCCCGUUCGGCAGUUUCAAUUACCCGAACACCGCUUUUCGGCUGUAAGGUUGGAUCCCGUCGCUUGCCACCAAUUGUAGCAGAGCUGCAAUAUUAAAUCCCAAUAUCUCCGCUGGUAAAAGAAGGUAAUCCAAGGAAAGCGCUGAAAAUGAAGGCAAUAUCCCAAAUCCCCCCAGUAACCGGAUGAAACACAGUUCUGGGAGUCAACUGACGAUUUUAUUCACAAGCUCCAGUAUUUAUGUGGUUCCCCAUGCAAGGGGUUUCCUUACUGACUUUACAGGGGUUGUACAGUAGGGGACUAUAUGGGGAACUUAACAUAUAGAACAUUUCUCCCACUAUGCACUGCUGUACGAAAGGGAUACUCCCACUAGAAUAUCCUGUUAAGUGGAUUAUCCCUCCGUACAGCAGAACUGGCUUUUUACAUAAAAAUCCAUAACUUUUAUUUUAUUCAUGUCACUGUACCGAAUGACCGUUCGGCAGAUAGCUGGGGUCUGAGCGCACACUUCAUGAAAGUACCGCUCAGAUCCCCACACAAUCAACCGAACGCCGCACGAAAUAUACUUUAACAUACAUUCAUCAUAAAAGUCACGAAUACAUAAGUGGGGAAAAAGUACCAAAAGUCCGGCGCUCCCGAACGGGAGUCCAGCGGUGUUCGUGCUGUCGAGUAGCCGAUUUUAGUUCCAGGCACUCGACGACCAAACACCGCUGGGCACAAAGGAAAUCCAAGAUGGCCACCGCCUCGUGGUCGGUAGUCGAACGACGGCCACCCGGGAAUCAAUUAACAGCUGAUAGAUACAAUUUUGCGAUUGGUUAAUGGGAGCCACACAAUCCCCUUUGUGUGGGCUCCCAUUCGGUACUUUGUUCGUUUCACGAACAGUGUUGAAAAUCCCUGUUCGUGAAACUACCAUAUGAAUGCUAGCGGCUUUUGUGCCACUAGAAUACGAAUUCCCUCUUUCACAUUUUAAACAGAUACAUCAAACAUCAUUUAUAAACCAGUCUUUCUAGGGCAACCCUUAAAGUGAAACAAAAUAUUCUGAAGUGGCUAGGUUUGCCACACUGUUUAAAACUGUUCCAAAGCAUGAAGUUCCUAACAUAUAUAAAAUGUGCUGUCCGCUCUGCCAUGCAUGUGAUUACUGUUGAUAUGCAUGAAUCAGCCGUCGUGGUUAUGCAAGCUUGUAUGUUAUCUUGUGCACAAGAAAAAUAAAGAAUAAAAAAAAAAUUAUAAUUUCCAAAUAAAGCAGUAAAGGCAAUGAAAAACAUUCUGUAUUUGUAUAAAAAAAUCCCAUUAACACCCCUGUCUGUACAGCUCUGCAGUGCAUGUUUGUACGUCUUGCAAGGGAGACUUAAAUGAUACAAGGACUGUAGCCAAAAUGAUUUUCAAUAGCCAUUUGCAACACAAAGGAUGCAUUUAACACAACACAUUUACUCACGUGCCUAAAUUUGAAUUCUUGUGAAACAAUUCUAUAUUUUUUCCAUCGUCACCUAUGUAUUAUGCCCUCAUAUACUAAUGAAAGUUAAAGUGAUCAAGGGGGACAGCAUACAAGCGGUUUAAAAGGCAACCAUUACUAUUCUGGAAAUUACACCAUCGAAUAAAACAUUGAAACUCAAAAAAAAUAAAAAAUAAAUAGUCAUACUGACAUGGUUAAUGUCAGGUGGAUAAUUAUAAACGAGAUCUGGUAGUGACGAAGAAGAAAAUAAUAAAUGAUAAUAAUUAAAUAACCACCUAAUAAGGUAUGCUCCUAUAUACAAAAAAUAGUAUAUUGUAUAAUUAUAAAUGUUACUAAUACACACAUUAAUAUACAUGCAUAUAUAUGUGUGUAUUACUGUCAGGAUCACAUCAAUUACGUCUAUCUGUACAUUGUGCAUAAUGCAUAUAUUGGAAGCAAAAUCUAUUUAAUAAGAGGUCUUUCUCUCACCUGUCAAUUAGCUCUUCGGCAUAAACUCCCGUGCUGAAGAGGCUGUGUGUAUAAUAAAUUGGGACAGUCAGUGCUCCCCUGUAUAGUGCUGCUCUUUGUAUAAUACAGGGCUGUGUGUAUAAUAUCCUUUAAAAUAACUUUUAAAUCAAACUUAAAUCAAUACAAUCAUCCCUGAGAGACAGAUUGUUAUCAUUGCACAAACCCGCCCACCACCAAAUUUGAAGGUGACAAAGGCAGAGUAGGUUGAAUAAGCCAAAACAUGUUUCACUCUGAGAGAGAUUCCUCAGUCAGCUCAGUUUCACUGAGGAAGCUCUCUAAGAGUGAAACGCGUUUUGGCUUUUUCCAGACUCAUUUAUUUGAUAUUUUUAUACUAUAGGUUAUAUGAAUACAUUGUAUUAAUAAAUGUAAAUAUUUUAAGUAGUCCUCUGGAGCCUACCGAAUCUACCUAGGGGAAGUGCCAUGCCCACAUAUACUGGCACAUAGUUAUUACUCAUCAGAGCCAGGAAACACUGCUCUGAAAAAGGUGAGCAUUUUACUUAUUUUCACUCUGCACAUAAUUUGAAACAGACUGCACAUUGGUUCCCUUCUCUCCAUGUUUUCUCUUUGAGAUACAUCAUAUCGUGGAUUGUAGGUGUGAUGCUGUCUUAAAAGCAUACAAGCCUGAUUACGGUGCCAGUUUUCAUAUACAGGCUCCGUUAAAUGUGAGUGUUGCACUUCACCACCAUUUUAUCUGAUUUUAUUGUGACGUACCAUCUGCACUAUAUAGCCUUUAUUAUGUAUUUUCACAUACUAUAUACCAAGAAGAUGUGUGGAACUUACAUCUGACACUUUUGGGUACCAUAAAAAUCCAAAAUAUCAGUAUGACAUUUUACUUAUUGUACAAAAAUAAUCUGGUGUAAUUUUCACCUAAGGAUAAAGAAAUGCAAUAGGAAAUGUUUUUUUUUAAAUGUCAAGAAAUAAAAUUAAGUUUUUUUCAUAGCAAUAAAAUAAUAAUGAAAUAACUAAAAUCCCUUUUAUUCAAAAGAGUAGAAAGCCAUUAUUUGAUAAGCAUUUUGAAUAGCUUCCAAGAGGUUCAUUACAGUUAAACAAAUAUAUAUCACCUAGUGUCUUACUUGGCUUUGGCAUCUAAACUUAACGUCACUUUUUACACAUAAGAUACGUUCACUAUUGUGGACGAUAUUGGCUAAAAUAAUGACAUAGCUUAUGGUCAGUAGUAACCAAUAUUUUUAAUUUUGUCUCUUAGACGGUGGACUCAAUGAGACGUGGAGACAUGAUAAUGGCGUCAAGCGAAUCACGCACAUCGUUUACACUAAACAUGGUGGCUCUGGGAUUGGGAAUUGUCGGACAUGUUGCUUGGAUUUCAUUUGUGAUUUAUUAUUAUGUAAUGAUCAACAAGUUCACCUACUCAUACUAUGAAAACAAUACAAACGGAGGUUAAUACCGACCCAAACGUACGACUCAAUCUUCUGCAAACAUCUCAUGAGUAGAGGACCCCAGGCAGCGACUUGUCUGAGCCAAGAUUGAGACAAUAUUUUAGUUUAGCUGACAUAUUGUGAAAGAUGAAAGCAAAAGCUGAAUUGGAAGCCAUUUUAAUAUGUAUUACAUGAUGCUUAAUAAAAAGGAUAUGGCAGGUUCAAAAUGGUCACCCAUUAAAAGUAAGUAAGGCUUUACCCAUACUCAGACUCAGCCCUGCCUCAGCUCUCCCUUCUCCAGGACCCCGU